UGAGGAUAAAUACUAAUACUUUUCCAUGCCCACUUGUAUUCUAGUUUUGUUGUCGUUGAACCACUUACAAACUCAACGUUAUAAAUACCAUUGGAACACAUGAGAGAAGAAAGUACAUAAGAGGGAAAAGGAAAAUGACUUAUGGGGAGGAGGAGCCGGUUAGCCCGAUGGCGCGUGUAUUCCAAUCGCCGGGCAUAGACUUAUGUGCCGUGACCAUCAUGGGUUUCAAAACAAAGAUUAAUCCCGACGUUGUUCUUGAUGCCUUGAAGCAAAAUGUCUCCAAGCAUCCUCGUUUCUCCAGCAUACUGUCUGAUAAUGGUGCAAAAUGGAUCGAGACCGAAGUUAAUGUAGAAGAUCAUGUAAUUGUACCAUACAUAGACGCGGAAGAGAUAGGUGAAGGUGGACAAAGCUUCAUCGAUGAUUAUAUGUCACGUCUCACGAUGAUUCCUCUUGAUAGAUCAAGACCCUUGUGGGACAUUCACAUCCUUAACGUCAAAACCUCAGAGGCUGAAGCAGUCGGUUUUAUAAGAUCUCACCAUUCGUUGGGAGAUGGAAUGUCUUUGAUUUCCCUCAUGCUCGCAUGUACCCAUAAAACAUCAGACCCAGACAUGUUUUCAAAUGCUAUUCCAUCCAUGAAACGGAGAGCCACAAUGUCGCACAGCCUUAAAACCAAAGGCUGGUUCUUGAGGUCGAUAUUCACCAUUGGUUCUACAAUGAGACUGCUUUGGAAUACAACUAUAGAUAUGUUGUUGCUUUUGGCGACGGUGUUGUUUUUGAAAGAUACAAAAACGCCACUAAAAGCUGGGGCAGAUGUCAGGAGCAAUCCAAAGAGAUUUUAUCAUCGAAUUAUCUCUUUAGAUGACAUUAAACUUAUCAAGAACGCUAUGAACAUGACUAUCAACGAUGUUCUGUUCGGAAUUACACAAGCAUCUCUUUCUCACUAUUUGAACCGACAGUAUGGCACGAAGAAGGAGGAGGAUGGAGCGUUGACAUCGUAUCGAAACAAUCUUCCUGAUGGAAUACGAUUUCGUGUAGCUUGUACAGUAAAUCUUAGGUCAGACAUUGGCUUCAAGCCUUUGGCAGAUAUGAUGGUCAAGGAUUCAAAAUGCAGAUGGGGAAACUACUUCAGCUUUAUUUUCUUGCCGUUCACCAUCGGUUUACAAACCGAUCCAUUGGUUUAUUUAAAAAUGUCAAAAUCCAUGAUGGCUCGAAAGAAGCACUCUUAUCACGCGGCUCUAGUGUAUUUUAUCAUCAAAAUCGUCCUAAAAGUGUUUGGCGCCAAGGCGGCAGCAGAAUUAUUUGAUCGACCGGUGAGGAACACAACGACAUGUGUUUCAAACGUCAUUGGCCCCAUGGAAGAAAUCAGUUUCCGUGGCCAUCCUGUCUCUUACAUCGCUCCAAGUUCUUACGGACACUCACAUGUACGUAGUUCAUUUUUUUAUGCGCAACUAAAUUUACAUGAUAAGCCUUUUUUGUGUGUAAAUUUUUUAGUGUUUUUGUGUUUGAUAGGCAUUGUUGAUACAUUUAAUGAGUUACGCGGAUAAAAUGAUAAUUUCGUUGGCGUAUGAUCCUACCGUCAUAUCAGACCCUCACAAGAUUUGUGAUGAUAUGGAAGAAUCACUGAAAGCAAUGAAAGCUUCUCUCUGUGAAAGAGGUUUACUCUAAGACGCAUGAGCCAUAUUAACUGUAAUCCUUAAGACUGUGUAUAUGUUUUUGUUUGGUAAAAAAUGUUGUGUUUUAGCAGUUUUCAAUGCUUUUGUAGUAUCUAUAAAUAUUGGAGUCAGAAAAAAAUGUAAUAAGAGUCGGUCCACUGUGUUGGAAAUUAGUAGGUACGUAUUGUCAAAUAUUUUAGAAUAUUAAGAGAUCUCAUUUUUCGUAGUCCUAAUUAAUAAGAAAGCGUCAUUCAAUGAUGUGACUUGUGAAUUUUGUUUCUUUGAUCAGCAACCC